AUGGAGCGCCACCAGAAAACCGUCUCCAAGAUCGCCGCCGCGGUGCGCUCCUUCUUCGACCGCAAGGAACCCUACCGCAUCUUCCACGGCUCGACAAACAGCACCCGGCCCUUCCGCCGCGACCGUGUCGUCGACAUCUCGGCCCUCGGCAGUGUCCUCGAGGUCAACAAGGCCCGCCGCACCGCCCUCGUCGAGCCAAACGUCCCCAUGGACCGCCUCGUCGAGGGCACCCUCCGCCACGGCCUCAUCCCCCCCGUCGUCAUGGAGUUCCCCGGCAUCACUGCGGGCGGCGGCUACGCGGGCACCGCCGGCGAGUCCUCGAGCUUCAAGCACGGCUUCUUCGACGACACCAUCAACGAGGUCGAAAUGGUCCUCGCCGACGGGCAGGUCGUCCGCGCCAACCGCACCAACGAGCGCGCCGACCUGUUCCGCGGCGCCGCGGGCGCGGUCGGCACGCUCGGCGUCACCACCAUGAUUGAGCUGCAGCUCGUCGAGGCGAAAAAGUACGUAAAGACAACGUACCACCGCACCCACAGCGUCGCCGAGGCCGUCGAGACCGUCCAGGCCGAGACGCUCAACGCCGAAAACGACUACGUCGACGGCAUCCUCUUCUCCAAGGACCACGGCGUCGUCAUCACCGGCAAGCUGACGGACGAGAUCCCCGCGGACCGGAAGCCGCAGACCUUCAGCGGCGCCUGGGACCCCUGGUUCUACCUGCACGUCAAAGACCGCACCCUCACCGCCGGCUCCGCCAACAGCGAAGCCGCAGUGGCGACGUCCUCAUCCUCUCCGUCGUCCACCGUGGUCGACUACGUGCCCCUGGCCGAGUACCUCUUCCGCUACGACCGCGCCGGCUUCUGGGUCGGCGCCGCCGCUUUCGACUACUUCAAGUACGUCCCCUUUACGCGCUUCACCCGCUGGUUCCUCGACGACUUCUUGCACACGCGCAUGCUCUACCGCGCCCUCCACGGCAGCGGCGAGUCAGCCCGCUUCGUCGUCCAGGACCUCGCCCUCCCCUACAAGAACGCCGAGCGCUUCGUCGACUACACGGCCGAGAACUUUGACAUCUGGCCGCUGUGGCUCUGCCCGCUGAAGCAGACCGCCCCGCCGACGUUCCACCCGCACACGGGCGAGGUCGAGACUCUGCCAGCAGCCGAAGGUAGCAGCAGCAGCAGCAGCAGCACGGUAACGGCCCCCAAACCGAUGCUCAACAUCGGCCUCUGGGGCUGGGGCCCCUCGGACCCCGCCGAAUUCGUCUCCAAGAACCGCGCCCUCGAGCACAAGCUCCGCGAGCUGGGCGGCAUGAAGUGGCUGUACGCGCACACGUACUACACCGAAGACGAGUUCUGGCAGGCCUACAACAACAAGAGCUGGUACGAGGCCCUGCGCGAAAAGUACAAUGCCACGACGCUGCCGACCGUAUACAACAAGGUGAAAGUCGACGUCGAGGCCCGCAAGGGCGAGAAGAAGGGCUGGCGCGACGUCCUCAAGUCCAAGCCGCCCAUUGGCGGUCUGUAUGGUAUCUAUAAGGCUAUUCAGAGCAAGGAUUACCAUUUGCACCGCCGGGCUGAGUGGAAGUGGAAGGGUGAUAAAUGA